GGAUGCCGACAGCUGCCCCCCGGGCUCCCCAACUGCGCCUUCCCGUCCUCUCCCUCCACCUACGGCGACGGACACCACCACCAUCCCCACCGCUAUGCGAGCGGCAGCGGCCAGCGAUGGGCGAGUGACUGCGAGCUGCAGAAGGAGAAGGAGAAGGAGAAGGAGAAGGAGAGCGCCCGGCAGAGGAGGCUGAGGGGGAGGGAGAGGAUCGGGGCGGCGGGAGCCCCGGAGGUGUGGGGGCUGUCCCCCAAGUACCCCGAGCCGGAUUCUGAUGAACACACCCCGUUUGACAAUGAAGAGGUAAACACUCAGAAGACCAACAGUUCAGAUUCUAUCUCUGAAGAAAAGAGGAAAAAGAUCAGUCGUUCAAAAAACAAGAAAAGAAGAAAGAAAAAGUCCAAAAGGAAAUCCAAGAAAUAUAAUAGUGACAGUGCUUCAGACUCUGACACGAAUCCCAGCUCUGAUGAUGGGAAAAGGAGAGCCAAGAACAAAGAGAAGAGAAAGAAACACAGAGGCGGGGCAAACAGGAAAAUGAAGACUAACAGAAACCGCGCUGACUCCGGCUCUAAGGAUUCAGAAGGGGAGUUUCGAGAAGAUGUGCGGAUGCAUCACUCCAAUAUGGCAGAUACCAUGGAUCUAAUAGGCCCAGAAGCACCUAUAAUACUCACCUCUCAAGAAGAGAAACCUUUGAACUAUGGCCACGCUCUGCUCCCAGGGGAAGGUGCAGCUAUGGCCGAGUAUGUAAAAGCUGGAAAGCGUAUCCCACGAAGAGGUGAAAUUGGGUUGACAAGUGAAGAGAUUGCUUCCUUUGAGUGCUCAGGUUAUGUUAUGAGUGGUAGCAGGCAUCGCAGAAUGGAGGCUGUACGGCUGCGGAAAGAGAACCAGAUCUAUAGUGCGGAUGAGAAGAGAGCCCUUGCAUCCUUCAACCAAGAAGAGAGACGGAAGAGAGAGAAUAACAUUUUGGCCAGUUUUCGAGAGAUGGUGUACAGAAAGACAAAAGGGAAAGAUGACAAAUAGAGACUUUUGUUCUACAGGACUUUGAACAACAAUUUUAUAUAACCAAGUAGUAUUAAAAGGCUUUAUGGUGUUACUGUAUCUACCUACUAUGUUAGUAAGUCCUCCGAGGAAAAAGCUGUUUUUUGAGAUCUUAGCAAUUUAUCCUUUAUGUUUAAUGUAAUAAUUAAUAUAUAGUUUUUAAAAUAUUGAACUACAGGAGAGUCAGUAAAAUGCCUUUCACUCAAGUCCCUGAUCCUCCUCCCCAAAGACAUCUCUUUUUUGUGUCUUCUAUAUCUGCCCAUGAGUUCUUUGUACAUACCGGUAUACUGCUUCAUUCUGGUUGCAUUUAACAGACUGUUUAAAAGAAAUAGAGAUUUACUGGCAUCUAAUAAAAGUGCAGCAGGAGGAUGGGUUUCCUGUGUGGCUGUAAUGGGACUACAGCUUCUUUCCUCUUAAUUCUUUAUGGGUCAUUAUCCUCUUCAAGCUGGUUUCUCUCAAAUAAGGUCUGCCAAAGCCCCUAAGUUAGGUUAUGUAUUUCCUAGUCCACCGCUGAAGAAAGAACAUUUUUGUCUUGCAUUGCAAACAAUCCUGAAGUUCAGCCGAAUUGGAAUAGCUUUGGUCACAUGCCCAUCCUCAUUAAAAAGUGUUGCUGCCCAUGGAAAUAGUAUGGCUUACUCCUGGAUCUAUAGAUGUGGUCACCUUAUAGGUUACAUGGGAAAGGAAGGAUACCUGAAUGAAAAUCAGGGUAAUAUUGGGAAUGGGAGAUAGGCAACCAAUAAAUUCCCACAGAAGUUUUGAAAGAUUUAUUAAAAGCAGAAUAGAGAGUACAUGUGCUGAAUGCCAAAUGUUGAUGAAAAGGUUGGCUUUGACUGAUAAGCCAGAUAUAUGAUUGAAGGGGGCAAAAGGGAUUAUCCAUAAAAAUAGAUAUGAAAGAGAAAAGAUGAAGAUCCAGAGUACGUCAAUCUUCCAAAGAGUAGAUUAAGUGCCACCUAGAGUAGGAAGAGAAAGAAAAAAAAGAGAAGGUAUAAAGGAAGAGGCAGUUGGUAGAGCUCAAGAAAAGGAGCCCAGUCCAGGAGGAAAAACCACAUGGAUAAGACAGUUAGCAUUGAGAUGCUGACGAGCACCAUUGUUGUAGAAGACUUUAGAAUGAGUUUCAUUUAUAGUGUAUGAUAAGGUCAUUGUUGUCAUCCAGUGUCAUUUGCCUAAACCCGGAGCUUUCAUUUGGAUAACCAACUUUGCAAAGCUCAAGAGACCCUUGUAAGCCUCAUAGAGCUGAAGAUGUGGGGGUGGUUUGGAAUCUGUCAAGGCAGAGCUAUAUGGAAGGGCAGCACCUUUACCCCAGAGUGUGAUGUAAUUGGCACUGGACCACACUAGCUUCAGGUUUUCCCCAAAGAUCUUUGGGGAACACUGGUGAAAGACACCUUGUUACAUAUGUAUAUCUCCUUUCUUAGAAACAAACCAUACUGCACUAUACACAUGGAUCUACACCUGGCGUUUUUCACUUAAUGCAUGUAGGAGAUGUUUUAUAUUAAUGUAUGUAAAUCAACCUCAUU